GAAAGGGAUAGGAAAUUUUUACAUGUCCCACGGCUGUUCAGACGUUCCAGCAGUGAUCCGCACCAACAUUUCAAAUUCAAGAUCACCCUAGAAAGCUGCUGCUUACCUAUUUUCGUUGACCCCAGAUCAAGUAAACUCUGCUCUGUUCCAAGGUAGCCAGUUGGGUCCAAAAUGAAUGACAAUAUGCCAGUUGAGCAGUUGGAAUUGGCUGGUUGAUGAUGACCUGUAAAGAUUAUUCAAGAUCUCUUCUUGUUUGUACACACCGAAGAAGGAAAAGGAGGCCUUCUCUUUAGCUUUUUCUUAUCAUUCUUUCAAUCUUAAUGGAGGCUGCUCAAGAACUGCAGCUGCAACUACAAACCAGAGCUGAAAGCAGAGAAGGAAGCUCACAAAGAGAUGCAACAGUCAGUGGUAAUCAACCAAGUCUUCCUAAACCCAUACUCUACAAGUGGUGGCUUCGAGUGGCUAUCUACACCCUCUUUCUUCUCGCCGGCCAAUCCACAGCCACUCUCUUGGGAAGACUAUACUAUGACAAAGGCGGAAAUAGCAAAUGGAUGGCCACAUUUGUUCAAUCAGCAGGCUUCCCAAUCCUCCUUCCCCUCUUCUUUUUCUUCUCACCGACAUCCAAAUCCACCCCCAUCUCAAUUAGCCCCUCUUCUGCAAAACCACCUUCUUUCUCCACCAUAUUGUUCCUCUACCUCUUCUUUGGCCUACUCUUGACAGGCGAUAACUUGAUGUAUUCAUAUGGGCUCCUCUACCUCCCUGUCUCUACUUACUCUCUCCUCUGUGCGACCCAGUUGGCCUUCAAUGCCCUCUUCUCCUUCUUCCUCAAUUCACAGAAGUUCACCAUGCUAAUACUCAACUCCCUGGUCCUCCUCACCAUAUCAGCCUCCCUUCUUGCAGUCCAUUCAGACUCUGAAGACACAACAGGGACCCCCAAAGGGAAGUAUGUAAUUGGAUUCCUUUGCACACUAGGCGCAUCUGCCACAUACUCCUUGUACCUCUCUCUAGUGCAAUUAUCUUUUCAGAAGGUUAUAAAAAGAGAGACCUUCGAUGUAGUCUUGGAAAUGCAAGUAUACCCAUCAUUUGUUGCGACUUGUGCCUGCGUGGUGGGACUUUUCGCAAGCGGGGAAUGGAGUGGUCUGAGUGAAGAGAUGAAGGAAUAUGAAGAUGGGAAGAUAUCAUAUCUGAUGACUCUGAUUUGGACGGCAGUGACAUGGCAAAUUUCCUCAGUGGGCUUACUGGGUUUGAUCUUUGAGGUGUCUUCUCUCUUCUCCAAUGUCAUUAGUACUGUUGCUUUGCCUGUGGUUCCAGUUGUGGCUGUAAUGUUUUUCCAUGAUAAGAUGGAUGGGGUGAAAGUGAUGGCCUUGCUGUUGGCAGUAUGGGGCUUUGUUUCCUACAUCUAUCAGCAUUAUCUUGAUGACUGUAGAUCCAAAGAAACAAAAAAAACCAAUGAGGGUGAAGCUUCUAAUGCUCUGACAGAGGUUUGUUGACAAGUUCACAAUGAAAACAGAAUCAUGUAGACCUCAAGAUCUUCAAUAGGAUGCUAAUGCAUUUUUAUGGCAAUUACAAAAACCAGUUUUAGGAACUAGUUUCUUAUAGUCUUACAAAAAAAAAUGAAGUGAAUGAGAUGUUAUGUAUACAAGGGUCAGUAGACCUGUAAAAAUAUAUACAGGAGACUUUAUAUGACAGAUGUGGGUUUUGAGGUUUUGGUUCAUAUGGUGAGGUCACCAAUUAAGCCUCGGUGUUCUUCCUCUGUAUUGCCUUCUUUGUUUUGUUUUAAAUUCUAAUUCCUUCAGUAAAACUUUUUUUGCACCAGAGGAAA